AUGGGAGGAUCACAGAGCGUGGAAAUACCGGGGGGAGGCUCAGAGGGCUACCACGUUCUCCGGGUCCAGGAGAACUCCCCCGGACACCGGGCGGGAUUGGAGCCUUUCUUUGACUUCAUCGUCUCCAUCAACAACACCAGGCUGAACAAGGACAACGACACCUUGAAGGACCUGCUCAAAGCCAGCGUGGAGAAGCCCAUCAAGAUGCUGGUGUACUCCUCCAAAACGCUGGAGCUGCGCGAGUGCACGGUCACCCCCAGCAACCUGUGGGGGGGCCAGGGCCUGCUGGGCGUCUCCAUUCGCUUCUGCAGCUUCGAGGGAGCCAACGAGAACGUGUGGCACGUGCUGGAAGUGGAGCCCAACUCCCCGGCGGCCCUGGCCGGCCUGCGCCCGCACACUGACUACAUCAUCGGAGCGGACACAGUCAUGAACGAGUCGGAGGAUUUGUUCUCUCUGAUCGAGAGCCACGAGGGGAAGGGCCUGAAGCUCUACGUGUACAACACGGACACCGACAACUGCAGAGAGGUGGUCAUCACGCCCAACGGCGCCUGGGGGGGGGAGGGCAGCCUGGGAUGCGGGAUCGGCUACGGAUACCUGCACAGAAUUCCCACCCGGCCCUUCGAGGAGGGGAAGAAGAUCAGCUUCCCCGGAAGCUCCCCCAGUGAGCCCGUCAGCCCGCUCAAAGACGGCUUCACCGAGUCUUUGCCUUUUAAAUCAUGUUCCUUCUGUGACUCCUUCCACUUCCUGUCUUUACCAUCCCACACCCCACCGCACCUCCAUUUAGUUGCAAUUCCACCCGUGUCUGGGAGCGGCUUCCAAAAAAACUAA